UAUAUAGUCCUACAUUGACUAAAAAAAAAGUGCCGUUGCAAAGUCAAUGCUCGGCAGAUGUAAACAAACAAAGGGACGACCCGCAGCAGAGCAAACUCAUCCUCUCGACCUCAACCUUGAAGCAUUAACAGAAUGGAUUGCAAAGAAGAAAUUCUUUUCACCAAAAGAAUGCGAAAUGCUACCAGGGAAAUUCACGGUGUCAGUGAUGCACUGAUUAAUGCUAAAAUUGGUUUUGCCAUGACAGCUGAUAGUGUGUGGGCAGAAGGUCUCCUAGUCUUCUAUGAGGUGUUCCAGUUCCUGGAGGGAGCCCUGGAUCGCUAUUCUCACACACUAGUCGGGGAAAUGGACAUUGCUGGCAUUAGGAGAAAAGAAGCUUUUGAGAAAGACCUGACUUACUAUUUAGGACCAGACUGGAAGAAAGGAUAUGCCCCAAGAGAAAGUGUAUGCCAGUACUUGAAGCACCUGAAGAAGUUGGAAGCAGAAAAUCCUUACCUCCUCUUGGCUUAUGUUUAUCACUUGUACAUGGGGCUUCUUUCAGGGGGACAAAUAUUACGUCGCAAGAGAGCUCUUCUUCAAAAACUAAAAUUCUCUAGAAAGGAAUCACUGGAGGGUCUAGCCGUAGUCGAAGUUGAAGGUUCUGUUGCCAAGAUAAAGAAAGAGAUGACAGAUGCCAUGAAUCAGAUUGCUGAAGCAGUUGAUGAGGAGGUGCGACAAAGACUCUUAGAAGAAAGCAAAAUGGUUUUCGUGCUCAAUAACAACAUGGUAAACUCUAUUGAGGGUGCUGGUGCUGUGGUGACCUUCAAAGUUAUCAAAUUUGGAAUCUGUGGUGCUUUAGUAAUCAUGCUUUUCACCUACAUUAGAAAGCUUUGGACAGGCUAAGUCUAUAAAAAAAAUGUGAUCCUUUCAUAGUUAUUUUAUCUGGCAUUGUUUUAGGAGUUUCAUUAAUGUUGGCAUGAGUUGGUCAGUUCCUCCACUUACAAUAUCAGUGUUAUUGAAACUGUUAAAGAUUUCACUCCAUAUUUUUACAUAUUACAUAUUUUAUAUUCAUAUAGAACCCAUUCAGACUUUAUAUGCAAUUGCAGAUUUAUGAAACUAGUGUAGAAUAUGUAUGGACUCUGGCUGUGUGUGGUAACUUAUAUCUGAGUAAUAAGUGUGCCAACUUUUCAGGAUGAUCUGAAUUUUAUAUUAAACUAAUCAUUUUUUUUUCUUUUGUUUUUAUAACAAGACUGAAUCAUGUACUUGACUGUGGUUCAUGCACAUCUAUGUUGGUCCUUCCAGCAUUGCUAUUCAUGUGUUCUGAGCCCCAAACUACAUCAGUCAUGUGGAUACAAGCCAAAGCGAAUAUUGGUGUUGAUUCCUUAGAUGGAUCAAUUGAACUCAGCCAAGGCUGAAACAGGACUAGUACAGCUAACUGGUAUGAUAUGGAAGUGAAAUCACCAUGGAAAUUGGGGAAGGUGGAAGCAGUAUGGGUAAAGGAAGAUGUAGGACCUAAUGCUAGUUACACUUUCCUCCUGUAUCAGGCAGCAAUCCCCCUACUUACUGACUGCCACUAAUCCCUGUAUCCUCAAGGUGGCUGUUUCAAAACACUUUUGUAUAAAUUUCAUACAAACCCAUCAAAUGCUUUAUGAUGGCUUCCAAAUGAUACUGCACCUACUUCCCAGUAAACAUAUCUUCAAGUUUGGAGGUGUUUAUUCAACAGUUUAUUUAAACAAUGAUACAAAGUUUCACAUUAUAUUAAUCAUGUAUGCAUAUUAGAGAAGUUAUUUCAUUUAACAAUAAUCAAAGUAGGCUGAUUGUAAUAACUCCACAGACAAAUCAAACAAAAGUUUUGUGGUUUAUUUUAUUUGGUGCAAUUUUCUUUGGGAAAGAAGGCAGCACAAGGACACAAAAUGUACAGGCAAUAAAAAGACCACAGUGGUGCUGCUCCUGCAAAGUGUUCAGAAUAGUUCAAAAUACAGAGGCCAAAAUCAUUUGGAGAGGUGUCUUGAUACUCCCCUCUUGAAAGUGUUUAAGACAAGCAGGAAGAAAUAAAAAUACAGGAAGGCUGUUCCUUAGUUUACCAGCAAAAGGGAUGAAAGAAUGAAGAUAAUGGUUAACUCUUACAUAAGGGAUUUGGAUAGUAUAGGAAUUAACAAGUAGAGUAUUUAAGUGUUGUAUGAUUGUAAAAAAAAUCUUAGUAAAUAUUCUUGCCUUCCCAUUAUUUUCAAACUGAAUUCUGUCCUGACUGACAUUGUAAAUAUGUACAGUGAAUUUCUGUAAUGAAUUAACUUCAGAACUCCU